AUGGACGAGUAUACCCCAGAGGCUCUGGUAAAUCGCCAGGAGCCCAUUCCCGUCUUCUCAACGCCUAAGCCUCGGCAGCAAAGCGGUUCGCCCGCAAGUUUACACUCAAGAUCGUCGUCGCAGUCAAAGAGCUCUCUUCAAGAUCGUCUUUUUGCCAAACUCCUGCAGCAAGUUAUCCCGCACGACGAUGAAGAUGAGACCGAUUCAUCAGGAGACAAGGCUUUUUCUACCUCUCCCAAACGGCCAGCAUUCAGUCUUCCUACAAUGACGAACAAUUUCCGUCGAUUUAAUGCCAGAAUCGGCGUGGUGUUUUUGUUUCAGAACCGAGUCGAGCGUCUGCUCAGCUGGAAGAAACCAACCCACACUUUGUCGUUGCUCUUUGUCUAUUCUUUCAUCUGCUUGGAUCCGCACCUGCUGCUGGUGUUGCCGGUGGUGGUUCUCUUGCUCUUUAUCAUGGUGCCGGCAUUUGUGGCCCGACAUCCUCCACCCCCCACCACAUCCACCUCUAGUACCACUCCUUAUUAUUCCUAUGAUGGACCUGCGUUGGCGCCGGCAAGGACCAUCCGCCCAGCCCCUGAGACGUCCAAGGACUUCUUCCGGAACAUGCGCGAUCUGCAGAAUUGCAUGGCGGAUUUCUCAGACAUCCACGAUGCAACCAUCGCGGUGUUUGCGCCACUGACGAACUUCUCGAACGAGAAAUUAUCGUCGACGAUCUUUUUGGGCUGUACCAUAGCGACAGUGGUAUUAUUCAUUUCGGCCCAUCUUUUGCCGCUGCGGUUGGUCCUGCUGGCCGGCGGCAAUGCGGCGAUUUUAUCAAGUCACCCCACCAUCCGGCAGUUCUUCCAGGAUAUUGUCCACGAUGUUGGUGUAGGAACACCAGAACUAGGCUCGCCAGUCUCUGAAGAUGUACCUGGCGUGUCAGUUCCAGCAACUCCCAGCGCGGCGAUGUCUGCCAUGGAGUCGCUGGCAGAUAUCUCGGUGGAUUCUGAUCCGGAAGAGCGGGAAGUGGAGAUUUUUGAGGUGCAGCAUCGGGCACCGGGCACUUCAGAGAGUGGCUGGGAGAAUUUCAUCUUCAGUCCUCUGCCUUACGAUCCGCUGUCACCUUCUCGUAUCGCCGGGGACCGACCCCGUGGGUGUCGAUUUUUCGAGGACGUCCGCCCUCCAUACGGUUGGGCUUGGAAGAGCAAAAAGUGGGAGUUAGAUCUGGACUGCCGCGAGUGGGUUGUGGAGCGAAUGAUCACCGGCGUUGGGUUUGAGAUUCCGGGCGUGACCGCGGAAGGCAAUGCUAUCACUGACGAGGUCGGUGGCUGGGUGUGGGAUCUACCCCCUAGUCCGCUGUCGCGAGAGGAUGACGAAGAAAUUACCACUUUGGCGUAUGGUGACCUACAGCCGGAGGUGCCUACACCUCAGAGCAAAGGCGGCUCUAUCUCAAAGAAUACCGACAAGGAGAAGCCGUCUGCCCGGGAUUGGGAAGAAGCAGCUCCUGCGUCUUACGGGAUCGGGGAAUGGAGACGUCGACGGUGGGUGCGAGUUGUGCAGCGCAUGAGUCUUCCACCACCGGAAGUGGUGACAUAUUCGACACUCGGCCACGGCUGA